AGAAUCAUAGGAUGGCUUAUGUUGGAAGAGACCUUAAAGAUGAUUAAGCUCUAACCCCCUGCCAACUGCUAGAUAAGGCUACCUGGGGCUCCACCCAUCCUGGCCUCAAACACAGUAGUACAUUGUCCUGUUAUUGUGAUAUGUGCAGUACCAGGAAUCAGCCUUGCUGUCUUGCAAGCUGGAAGAAAUGCAAAUAGAUGAUAGUCUGUGAAUGCUGCUGACAUUUAAACAGAUCACAGGCAUGGAAACUGGCAAGAACGUUGAAGAUCAUUUGAAAGUCCACAAAGUGAAGAAGAAGAUACUGAGGAAGCAGGUCAGAGCCCAGCAUACGCUGAUGAGACACGAAGGCAUUGAGUGUGUGUCCCAUGCUACGCAGAGCCUAGUUAUUGCCAAUGCUGGCCUGGGUAAUGGAAUGAGUAGACAUCAACUGCACAGGAUAGUAGAAAACUAUGGAAUCGUGGAAACACUUCUAAUGCCACCAAAUAAACCAUAUUCAUUUGUGAAAUAUGAGUCAACAGAAGAAGCCAAGAAAGCCUUUGAUGCCCUGAAUGGAAAAGAAGUAACACCGGAAGACACUGACCAAAACAUUGUUUUGUAUUGUAAUUUUGUUGAAAAAGUUUUCUGGAAGAAUUCUGUUCCUGCAAACUUGCCUCCAGGCCUCAAAGUCAUUGAAAAUAUUAUUUCUUCAGAGGAAGAAAGGAAGAUGCUGGAAAGUAUUGACUGGAGAGGAGAUGAAAAUAAUCAAAACGCUCAGAAGACUUUAAAGCAUAGAAGAGUAAAACAUUUUGGAUAUGAGUUUCGCUAUGAUAACAAUGAUGUUGAUAAAGACAAGCCUUUACCUGGAGGUCUUCCUGAAAUUUGUAUCCCGUUCUUAGAGAAGUGCUUGAAGCAGGGAUAUAUCAAACAUCAACCUGAUCAACUGACUGUAAAUCAAUAUGAACCUGGACAAGGAAUUCCUCCUCAUAUUGAUACACAUUCUGCUUUUGAGGAUGAAAUAAUCUCUCUCAGUUUAGGAUCUGAGAUUGUGAUGGAUUUCAAACACCCUGAUGGCCAGACAGUGGCAGUUCUGCUGCCUCGAUGCAGCUUAUUGGUGAUGACUGGUGAAUCCAGAUACUUGUGGACACAUGGGAUUACACCCAGAAAAUAUGACGUCAUUCAAGCAUCUGAACUUGGACAGAAGGUUGGAACAAUCACUGCUGAUGUUAGAGAUUUAACACUAAAACGAAGGGAAACAAGGGCGUCGUUUACAUUUAGGAAAGUGAAGAGAAGCUCUUGUAACUGCAUUUACCCAUCUGUCUGUGACAGCCAGAAAGGACAGCAAAGACGAGCAGAACCAUCAUUUCCUCACAGUGAGUUGCAGGCCUCAGAGCUGGAGCAGGAAUAUGUACACAAGGUGUAUGAAGAGAUUGCCAUGCACUUCAGCAGUACCAGGCACAGCCCAUGGCCCCGAGUUGUAGAGUUUCUCAAGUCGCUGCCUGAAGGGUCAAUAGUUGCUGAUGUUGGUUGCGGUAACGGGAAAUAUCUAGGCAUCAACAAGGAUUUGUACAUGAUCGGCUGUGAUCGCAGCAAAAACCUUGUGGAUAUUUGUGGAGAAAAACAUUCCCAGGCUUUUGUCUGUGAUGCCCUGUCAGUGCCGAUCCGGAGCGGUUCUUGUGAUGCCUGCAUCUCUAUUGCUGUCAUCCACCAUUUCUCAACAGCAGAAAGAAGGCUGGCAGCUAUCCGUGAACUAGCCAGGCUUCUAAAACCUGGUGGAACGGCACUCAUUUAUGUCUGGGCAAUGGAGCAAGAAUACAAAAACCAGAAGUCUAAAUAUCUUAAGGAGAAACAUGGCAGCAAGGACAAGGAGGAGGAAAGCAAUACUGGCACAUCCCAGAAACUGCUUGAUGAUGAAAAGCCUGAUAGCAGCAUCCAAGGCUCAUCAUGUUCUGACCAACUCCUUGAUGACUCAGAGGACAAAGGCUGUGCUGCAAAGCCAGUAGCAGACUCCAGGCUUCCUGUUCACACCAACCGGACCUCCUUUCACUCUCAGGAUAUGCUGGUUCCCUGGCACCUGAAAGGUGGCAACAAAAAGAAAGGGGCAAGUGUUGACAAAGUGUCAUCUCCAGCUGGCUGUAAGGAAUCACAGGAACUCAGCCCUGUUUUCCACCGCUAUUACCAUGUGUUCCGCGAAGGAGAACUGGAAGCAGCAUGUGGAUCCUUGGACUGUGUGAGGAUUCUGAAGAGUUACUAUGAUCAGGGAAAUUGGUGCGUGGUUCUAGAAAAGCUGUAGACCAUGAUACUUCCUCCAUUACCUUUCUCUUUUGUGGAAGUACUUUUAAUACAGACUGUAGCUAUUGAGUCUUUUCAAAUAUCAGAAUAAAAGAUUGUUUAUUAACAGUAAUGAACGCUG